AUGGAUGACACGGGAGAACGGAUAAAACCAUUGCCAGUCACUACAGACAAACAAACUACAAUGCAAACAUUCCAAAAUGGACAACCCACCCAUUUUAUCCGCACAGGUCCUUUAGCACACAAACCUUUCAGUAUACCACCUGACACCUGGCGCCUCAUAUUCAAACAAAUACAUGGUUCUUCCCGAAACACAACAACUCAAGAGGGAAAUUACAAAAGGUUAACCAGGUGGCACUACACACCAUCGAAACUAAAAUCACUUUUCCCUACAACCUCUAGCCACUGCUGGAGGUGCCAUGAUCCCGAAGGCCACACCACACACAUUUGGUGGACAUGUCCAGUUAUCAGCAAUUACUGGAAACGUCUACAUAGCCUAAUACAGACCACUCUAUACAUAUACAUCCCAUUUACGCCAAUAUCUUUCCUGUUCCUGACAUGCCCCCAAACAACAAACAAAUUGAAAGCAGUCCUACUCACGCACUUAUUAUCUGCUGCAAACCAACUCAUCCCUACUUUAUGA